AUGGAGGGCAGAGUAAAUACUGGCGGGCAUCCUACGAAUGGGAUCUCAGCUAUUGAUUCGAUGACUUCGUUGGACGGGAACUCAAAUACAGCGGCUCCUCUUCCGCCGUUUGGAAACGGGAAGGAGUAUAAGAAGUUGAGUGAGGAGGAGCAGAGAAAUAUGUCGGCGUCUAUUGCGGAUAUCUUAAAGCUAGAGGAGCAGGCUGGAGGGGUGGAGGAGGUGAAUAUGGAUGAUGAUGCUGAAGUGGUGGUGGAUGUGGAAGAUAGGCAGAGGAGGACAGAAAAAUUAAAGGGGGCACUGGGGAUAUUGGCGCACUUAUGGUGGCAAGAUUCAGUAUCAAUCAAUGAAGCUGCGGAGAAACUGGCAGAUUGUAGUAGAGAUCCUAAAUGGCGAGUUCCUGUUGGAGACUCCGGCAUUUUAAAUUUCUUCCUCGAGUUAUUGAGUACACAUACUUUACGCCACGCUCUUAAACUUCAAAUAUUACGGUUAGUGGGAAACUCAUGUGCAGAUACCGAUGAGAAUAGGGCACGUGUUGUAGGGUCAAACUACAUUCCCUUGAUUAUCACUCAGUUAUCCGAUGCCAAUUUCCUCGCCUUUGCAAUACCAGUUCUCUUUAACGUUUGCGUCGAUUAUGGCAGCGUACAUUUCCUCGGAUAUAUUUGUAAAUUGCUUGAUUUGCUCAUACAACAACCUUCUGAGCCAGAUAUGGCAUCGGAGAAUACUCCUAUUGUUCUUUUGAAGUUGGCUUCAGAUCGUGAAGAUCCAGUGGACAUGGAAGAUUACAUUGCUCUUGUGAACACCGCUGUGGCAUAUCUAGGACACGAAAAAUUCCAGAAAAUUUUGGUCAAAACCCCACAGGCGCUCGACACCGCUCUAGCGAUCCUCGUUGAUUCAUACACACGUUUUGAUUCUCAUCCAUCAAUCGGUUCCUCGACAACGCACGAGGACGAUGGAAAGGCAUUGUCGCAGAUGCGUAUCAAUCUAAAUUCGGCUUUGUCCGAUAUUUCAGCUUUACCGGAGUUUAAGGAGGCAUGCCCUGUUGUGUCACCAUUCUCUUCUUUUCUCCGCCGAUGGUUAUCAAGUGAACAAGUUCAAUUACGAGUUUGUGCUUGUAUAAUGUUAGGUAACCUUGCUCGUAAUGAUGAAGCUUGUGAGCUUUUUGUACACACAGCUCGUGUCCAUACUCCCCUGAUCUCAAUACUCAAGGACGUUAACGAUUCACAAUUACUCCAUGCGGCUCUUGGAUUUCUCAAAAAUUUGGCUUUGCCUAUGAAGAAUAAAGAAGUGUUGGGAAGCUCCGGUAUUUUCGAAGUACUUCCUAGAUUAUGGCUUCUUGAUAUUCUUCAACCAAUUCAAUUAUCAUCCAUAUCUCUCACUCGCCAACUUGUCAAUGGUUCUAUGGAAAAUGUCAAGCGAAUUUGCGCACGUCUUUCAACGGAUGAGGAUUCACCAGCUCAUGAACGUUCAAAUCUUUCACUCUUGAUCGCCUUGUUCGAUCGCACUGAUGUAGAACCUAUCGAAAUGGAAAUUUCCCGUCUAAUUACCGCCGUAUGCCGAGUCUUCACAGCUUAUAAAGGUCGGCCGGCCGAAGAACUAAACGAAAUUCGAAGAAAAUUUCUACUCCGUCAUCCUGAUAUUGGACGACCUUUGAGUUUCAUGGUCUCUCAGACUAAAUGGCCAAUUGUCAGAAGUGAAGGAUGGUUUGUUUUUGCACUUAUGGCUAGAUAUCCAGAUAGUGCGCAAUGCAUCAGUGAUAUGAUGCAGGAUGUUACCGUUUUCCAACCUCUCGUCGAAAUGCUCACUGGCAAACCACUCUUAGAAUAUAAGGCCGCUCCCGCAACAAACACUCUUUUGCCAACCCCGCAAACCGAUACGGACACUUUAGGCGUGGAACCCCAAACUCCCGAGCCAGAGCCUGUACAGCCGCAUGCACAAGCGGCAGAGAUGGCACGUAUUGACCGGGAAAAUGCCCUGGUGCUCGUUAGUGAAUUAUUGAAGAAUCGAGGUAGCGAAAUGGCAGUUAUGAGGCGCACGCUCUUUGAGGAUUUGUUGAAAGGUGGUGGGGAGUUGGUGAUGACUUAUAGGGAGGCAAAGGAAGAGGGUGGAACUGCGAGGUGGAGGGAGUCGGAUGAUAAAGGGGCAGGGAUGAAUUUACAGGAGGUUGCCAUGGAGAGUAUGCGUGAGCUUUCUUAG